GAGUUGGGUAAAACAGGGUAGUUGGGUAGAACGGGGUACCACUGUUAUUUUCCGUACACGUGCUGCUAUCUGUGUGUACGUUUGGUAAGUUACUCCUCUACACGUCGUCACUAGAGUGAGGUAGUAUGAAGUGUCGCACAGUAUUAUUUCGUGCGUAAUAAUGGAAAUUACAAAUUUAUGAUGUUUCACUAAAAUGUUUAGCGUGUAUUGGCUAUACAAUAUUUAAUCAGUGGUUGCAGAUAUAUUUUAUGAGUUACCUACAGUACAUUUAUACAGUCACCCAAAAGACAACAACUGACCGAGCUAACCCCAGACCUUCAGAACCGAGUGGAAAUGACACUGUCGGUGAUAUUCCACUAACUGCUGCAACAACUGACCGAGCUAACUCCAGGCCUUCAGAACCGAGUGGAAAUGACACUGUCGGUGAUAUUCCACUAACUGCUGCAACAACUGACCGAGCUAACUCCAGGCCUUCAGAACCGAGUGGAAAUGACACUGUCAGUGAUAUUCCACUGACUGCUGCAACAACUGACCGAGCUAACUCCAGGCCUUCAGAACCGAGUGGAAAUGACACUGUCGGUAAUAUUCCACUGACUGCUGCAACAACUGACCGAGCUAACUCUAGGCCUUCAGAACUGAGUGGAAAUGACAGUGCAGGUGAUAUUCCAGUGACUGCUGCAACAACUGACCGAGCUUACACAAGGCCUUCAGAGUCCCAUGGAAAUGUCAGUGUUGGUAAUAUUCCUGGGACAUCUGGUUUGGUAUCUUCACCAACUGAAUCUCGUUUAGGCCUAUCUGAUAAAAACAAUCGUAAUGCUUCAUCAAACAGUAGCUUCACAAUUCCACCGACUACAGUGAUGCCGAUUCCCCAUGCCAAAAGAAACCUGCAUAAGGAAGAGGACGACGACGUGGCAAGGCAGCUGUGCUGACCGACUCGCCAUAUAAGAACGAACUAAUUAUUAUUCAGUCAGCUUCACCAAAAUCUUUAAAAAGGAAAAAUGCUGGUGUGUCUAAAUCUCAAAACAGUUCUAAAAAACAUAAGAAUAAAGAAGACAGCAACAAAUCCAUACCAACAGUAACUUUGCGUGUGUCUGAUGAUGAUGACGUUCCUUGCAUGUAUUGCGCUGAACAGUUCUCCACUUCAAAAUCAGCCGAAAGUUGGGUGCAAUGCUUAAAGUGUCAUUCUUGGAGCCAUGCAGGAUGUGCUGGUGUAGACACAGAUGACUAUAGGCCAUUUGAAUGUGAUUUCUGCCAGUUUUGAAUAUAGACUCUGACCUUAUUUUGUGUUCUGACGGGCCUACUAAGACAUAUUAGGCUAAUUAAACAAUCAUAUGUUUUGUCAGAUAUUUGGGUUAACCGCAUAUGCAAGGUUGUGUUAUAGAUAAUUAGAUUAUGCUAUUAGACUAACCACUUCCUCAAAAUUAACAGUGUUAUGUUAUUGUUGUUCAAACAAUGUUUGUGAUUUUCCGCAAA